AUGGAUGAAAAUUUAAAUAAAAACUUAACGGAUGACGAAUGCAUGGAGAAGGAAGGAGAGGAAGGUGGAAUGGGCGCAGCGGGUGCCUCAGCGUCCAGUGAGACAGGCGCGCCAGAUAAGGGUAGCAAAAGGAAGAGGAUAUGGAUGAAAUCGGCUAACGAUAGUUCAUCGGACUCGGGAGGGAAGUCGAGGACAAGGAGAGGUCGCGGUCGACCGCCUACCACAGGGCAAUAUGUUGGGAUGGCGAAGACACAAAAGGAGUAUGUGGAGGCCAGAAGGAAGGAGCUGGAGCUUCAGGCGGAGGAGGAGGUGGAAGAUUUGACACUGCAGGCCAGCCAGCGCAGGCAGGAGAGGCUGUCCCGGAUCAACCAGGGAGUGGGCGAGCAGGUCACUGCGGACUUAGUAGUGCAGCAGGUGCAGGAUGACAUUGCGGUGAUUAUGAAGGUGGCAUCGAGGUCUAAAAACCUGAAGGGCACCUUUACAAAGUCCCUGAAGGAGGCUGCUGCAUCGAUUCAGCAGUCCGUUAGCACCCUCAGCACGCGGACAAUGAGCCAGGAGACUCAACAGCUCCAAACCGACAACCGACGGUUGAGAACGGAAGUGGCAGAGCUCAAGAAGGAGGUGGCGGAACUUCGGGCCACCAUAGAGAUGAUGAGGCUCGAGAGGACCAACGUGCAGGAGAGUAGUGCGCGUCGUGAGGGUACGGGUCCUCAAGGAUCCCAGCCUGAGGUGCGGGAAAUCGUGCGGGAGGUGGUGAAGGAAGUCAGCGCCCAGUUUACGUCGCGGCUUGAAGCGCUGGAGAGGCGAUUUCCUUCGACGGAAAGGAUGCGACCGCCUUUGGCGCCGGAUUCGGUGAGGAGCUCCACCGCUUCGCUAAACCGUAUGCCAACAUCCCAAGUGGCAGGAAGGGGGAGAAGCGUCCAAAGAAGGGGAGCGGGCACGGCAAGACAAGGGAGUCAGGCUAGUAGGAAGGUUUCAACAAAGGUAACCGCUGUGGCAGCACCUGUUCCCAUGCAGCCUAAGCCUCUGGAAGAGGGGUGGAAUGUGGUGGUGGGGAGAAAAGCUAUUAGGAGAACUGGACAAGUGCUCUCUGGCCCACAGGUGGCUGCGCGAAAGCCAAGGCUGCGUCCUCCUAAGUCAGUGGCGGUAGUGGUAACCCUAGAUGCAGAAGCGGAAAGGAGGGGAGAAACAUAUGAGGGAAUACUAGCCAAGGCUCGGCGGGAAAUAGACCUUGACCAAAUAGGGAUAGACCGGCAGAAGUUCCGAUUCCGGUCAACAAGAACGGGGGCUCGGAUUAUUGAGAUGGCGGGAGCUACAACCGCGGAGAAGGCGGACCUGCUUGCCGAGAGGCUGCAGAAUACCCUGGCUGGGAGUGCGAGGGUGGCGAGGCCAGUGAAGAUGGCUGAACUGCGCAUCGCGGGGCUUGAUGACUCCAUACAUAAGGCUGAUGUGCAGGAGGCUAUAUUAAAGAAGGGGGGAUGCUCGGCGGAAUCGGUAA